AUGUCGGAGGACCUGACAAAGACAAUUCACGAUGUGGCUCCUAACGACACGGGUCUUCCUGCAGCAUGUGCAAGUCUUUCGGCGAUUGCUGUAGAGGCCUGGUGUCACCGUGCAUCCUGGGGGCUCUGUGCGCUUUGUGGGUCGGUGCAGCCACAGCAUCUGAAAGAAGCAGCAACCCGCAAGUUGCCAGCCUCGGUGAUCAAGCGGUGCAAGAAUUGCGAGAAGAACGAGACCAAGCAGAUCUGGGUCCCCUGGCCGGAGGAGGUUCCACAGCCACUCCAGGGUCUGUCCCGCGAAGUUCUUCUGGCUCUGCGGCCUUUAGAUGUGGAUUGUGGACCGGAGUGGAAGGCCGACUACGGCUAUUAUUUCCAUAGCACCAUGCUGCGGCUUGCGUGGUCGGCGCAGGACGUGGAGGAGAAGAUCGCUGGCUUGGAUCGCCCUGAUCGACGCAGUGCUCGCAAGGCAUUCGAGUUCCUCAUGAGCAGCGACAACUCCAGCUAUGCCUCUUUUGUGCAGCGCCACCGCAGCUUCCUGCAGAGAUAUCCAGUUGCUGACCAGGACAGACGCAAGCGGCCACUGCGAUACAUCGAGGAAGAAGCUGUGGAGUGUGCGCUCUGGCCUCACUUGUACUGGGACAAGCGGCUUUGCGAGACCACUGCUCGCCUGGCCGAUGCAAGGCGUGUGCAGCGCAGGCAAGAAGCCGCAGCUGCCGAGAUGGACGGUGACGAGGAGGAGUCCGACCCGGAUGCACGAGAGGAGGAGCCUGCCCGCAGACAAAGUCUGAAGCGCAGCUUUCUCGCAAAAGCCAUGGGGCCCAUUGCAGACUAUGCCGGCGACUACGAACUGCUUCAUUUUGUUUUUGAUCUGUCCACUUGGUCUGACGUCGGCGGAAAGAAAGGCGCUCUGCGUGGCACGCCCAUGUGGCAAGCCAUGAAAGGCGCGCAGUGUGGCUUCCCAGCGGCAUUUCUGACGUGGGCCCCUUUUGAAUGGUCCGCGCCGUACCACGAAUGGCUGCUCCAACAGAUGGCGCAACUGGGUCGCCAGCGCUUGCAACUGGCAGGCCCCGAGACACUGCACCUUGCCCACAUCCUCACAGAGCUGUUUCGUGAAUGGGUCUGCGGUGGCGGCUUGAAGUUCGGCGAGAGCUCCAGUGUUUGGCGAUCGGCGGUCCUUGGAGGCGUUACCGAGGAUGGGCGCAGGCUCAAGGUCAAUUUCAUUGGGCGUCUCGAAUUCCAAGAUGGCAAAAGAAAGGAAGCGACCCAAAACUACCAUGGACGUGCUGCCGUCCACUUGCAUGGCCUUGUCUUCGCAGAGAGCAUUGGGCCCAUGAAGCUUCCACAGAAGGCAAGCGCCACAGUACCACCAGAAGGCGACGCGCUUCGUGGUUAUGUUCUCGAUGGUCAGACUGGCCGCACCGGCAGUGGCUGGCCACAGCAUGCGGGCGAGAAUGAGUAUGACUCAACGCAGGACAAGGUGCGGCUCCAUCACACUGCCUUGGACAGUCGGCUGGGCAUCCGGGGCUACCUGCCUGAAUUGAUGGACGUCCUCAAAUGUCAUCAAGACCUGCAGCUGGACCGUGGUUCUGGGCUCAUGCUCAAGUACGCCGCCACGUACCUGCCGAAGUUCAGCGACGGUCCGGGCAAGGAGCUCAUGGAUGACACCAGCAGCGGCUAUGGCGCAGCUCGUCGAGUCCUCUUCACCUUUCACCCGGGAGAACCAGAGAUGUGGCUUCUCCUCGCCAACCAGACCUUUCCCAUGUUCUUCAUGGGGGGCACGAUGCAGCCGAUCAUUGCACCCCACCCCGGUAUGGAGGUGAAGCCUGAGUACCUCCAGCUGUACGAGGCCGCAACCUGGCGCGGCGAGAUGCCACUGAUCGAGUACCUGCGGAAGGUCAACAAGAAGGGCAGCAUCCUGGAGCACAUCCGCAAGGCCUACUUGAAGACGGACGGUUCCAUCAGCUUGCACACUUUCGCGCUGCGUUAUGAAACAUUCGGCGAGAAGAUCAUCGCCGCAGAAAUGGUCUCCAUGCAGAACGACAAGUUCUUCGGGCAGUGGAUGGCACUCCACAUUCCCUAUAAGCGCCUCGAGGAUCUUUUGCUCCCGGACAUCGUUCAGGCCGUCCCCGAGCAAGUCAAGUUCCUCGCCUGCGCCUUGCAUUGGGCCCCGGAGCUCUGGCGCAACGAGGCGCGCGUUCGUGACUUUAUGGCUCUCCGUGCACACCGUGAGGCCUUCAUCGAAACCGUCAUCCACAGGAUCCGAGCUCAAGACUUCUUCAUCCAGCAGCACCUCUCUGGCCAGCUGCAGCGCACGGAGAAUGUCGCCGUGCCUCGAAGUCUUGAGGACCUUUUCGAAGAGAGGGCGGAUGACCUGGUUUUCACUACGGAGCAAGCCUCGUUUGAGCGCAACAUCAACAAGCGCGUGGAUCAGGCCUUGCGACUCCGGGCAGAAGCAGACGAUGGAGAGUACGAGCGCUUGGCUGCUAUUAUCGAGGAGCAUGGCUCCAUGGUCGCCUGCUCUGGUGCCCCCGGCACGGGCAAAACUGCCGUCUUGGAUCGUUGCAUUCGAAGAGCCCAGCGCCUCGGGGCGCGAGUUCUUAUCGCUUUGCCAACCGGCGUGCAACGAGUGCGCAUGAAGCAGCGCCAUCCCGAAGCGGAAUUGGACACGUGCCACGGAGCUUUCUUGUUCCACAAGCCGCUUGCAGAGGCCAUGGGGGUCCUCACUUGCUAUGACCUCGUGGUUAUCGACGAAGCCCCCCAGCUCUUCGAGGAGCAUUUUGAGCGGCUCCACGAGAUGUGGCUCGCCUCCGGCAAGGUGCCGUGCUUGGUGUUCGCUGGCGAUGAGUGGCAGCUGCCGCCGCCUGAUCGCACCAAACGGAGCUUGGUCUGGCAUCCCAAGUGGAACCUUGUCCACAAGAUUGAGCUCCACCACGUUUGGCGCCAGCACUGCGAAGACCCUCUUCUCCACAAGUUGGCCUUCCUUCGCAAAAACAGGCCGUUGGGACAGGAAGGCCAAUGCUUCGUGCGUGACCUUUGCCGCAAUCAUAAAGCGUGGUCCAGGCAUCACCAACCCAUGGCGGAGGACGUUCGCAUGCUGAUGCAGACGACGGCUGGAGAUACGACAGUUAUCACCUGCACUCGCCGAGGCGCUGCGCUCGUUAAUGCCCUUGCUCAAGAGGUGCUGUUCCAAGGUCAAGGCCAGCCAGCUUUAGGCCAGAUUGCUGCUGACUGGGAAAGCAAUCCUGCCAACUACGACGAGGAGACUGGUGUCUUGAAGGAAGGUCUACCGGAGCCCUCCCGCCUCACCCUCUACGCAGGCCUCCGCGUACGUCUAACGCGGAAUAUGGACAAAUCCCAUGACUUCGUCAACGGGAUGGCGGCCACGAUCCACAGCUUCGACUCGCGCCGAGGUGCGGUUAUCGUGGAAACGGAGACAGCCGAAACCCUCUGUGUUUACCCCGUGGCCGACGACAGCUGCCCGGGCGGCUACAUCACCUACUAUCCGAUGCGGUUGGGGUACGCAGAUACCGUGCACAAGUUCCAGGGCGCCGAACUCCGCCACGUCACCUUCUGGCCAGAUCGGCCGGGCUGCCCUGCAGCGGGGUAUGUGGCCUUGUCUCGUGUGCGACACGACGGCGACUACCUGCUAGGCGGCUGCAUCACUGCCGAACACUUCGUUCCCGCAAUGUGA